AUGGCUUCGCGAUUAGCAGCGCGCAGGGAUCCUGCCAAUGUCGACUACUCGGCGGUUGGAAAGGCAGGAAGGCGCACCGGCGUUACUCUCGACCAGCAACCGCUUGAUGCUUACGGAAUGGAACAGAUCUCGGGCAUUUUCUCAUCGCCGCGGAAACCAUCCCCAUUGAAGAACGUGGUCGUGCUGGAGACUGAGGGGAAAGAUGCUCCUGCUGAGGCACUGUCUGCGCAUCGAUCGGCCCGAACUACGCCAGUGCCACGUCUCCGCUCGUCCUCUCCUAGAAAGAGCGGUAUUAGUGGUGCCGCAAGGAAGAGCAAUGGCGUCGACAUAUUCUCUGCGGCCAAGAGCAUGCAAGCUCAAGACAUCGAGGAACAUGAAAACACCCCACCCACUGCGUCAACACCAAUUCAAGAUGCGCAAAGUCCACAGCCUGCCUCUGUCCGGAGCUUGCAGAGGACACAACCGAGGCGAUUUAGCCCCAGCCCGCGAAAGUCACCCCUCUCCAGCAGAAUGACUAUCACCCCGAGUCGACUGCACAGACCAAGAGCCAGUCUAGAACUGCGGCGGAUCGAGAAUGAAGUCACCCCUUCUAUCGAGGAUGGAGAUUUUGACGCAUUCAAUGAAGCCACAGAAGACGCCGAAGCAGCUGUAGAUGCUAGAGUUGAUGGCUCUUCUCCAGGCGAGCACGCAACAGAUGCCACACGGACGCUGCAACUGCCGCAGACUUCUGAAGAGCUGGGCGCCCCUAUUCGGGACUUUGAUGACGACGAAACCGAGCCGACCCAAGAACUCGAAGAGCAAGCGCCACCAGCAUCACAAAACCAAGCAAACUCGAGGAAGAAGAGGAAAUCCGAUGCGAUCGAGCAAGAUGAACCCAAUGCCUCACCCACACCGAUCAAAGUUGCAAAAAAGAGAGGACGACCCCGAAUAACGAGAAAUGUCACUCCGCCGGCACCAAGCUCACAACCAUUAUCAGCAAAGGCACAGGGAAAGCAGCCUCUAAGAGAAAUCGAUUCGAACUUGAAACUGUCUUCUCGGCAGGAGAAAGAACUCGAGACGAUUGUUGAGAAAGUCAGAGCACGGCCGGGGCCUCCAAGAUCAUUAUACAUCUUGCGACGAGAGACUCCCGCAGAUGAGGGCAUAUUGCACACAAGAAGCGGCCGGGUCAGCGUCAAGCCCUUGGCAUAUUGGCGGAACGAACGAUGUGUGUACGGGACAAGCCCUGGCGGAGCAAGUCUGGCGGAUGGAGCCCGCUUCCCACUCAACAGCAUCAAGGAGAUUGUGCGCUCUGAAGAAGUGGCAGAAAGGAUUGAGAGCAAGACGUCGAAAAGCAAGAAGAAGAAGGGCAAAAAGGGCAAACGCAAGACCCGACAGACUUCUGUCGAGGAGGGCAGGGAAGCAGAAGAAGACACAGCGGAUAAAUCGGACUCCGACUUCGAACUUGACAAUAUCCCAGAAGAUCCCGACGCUGAGCCAUGGGAGACCGGGACCGGCACGCUGCGAGGCAAUGUCGCUAUAUGGGACAAUGUGGAACAGGCGCCGACAGAACAAGAAGAGGAGAUCGAAAUCGCUCAUGCAGCCGCAGCGAUCCCGACCCGAGAAGUCAAAGGCUCAAGUUCGCAGUCACAGGAUGGGCCAACUUUUCGAUACGCGAAAUUGCUGUCGACGAGGUUCUUUGGUACCGGACUGGUGGAUCUGCCUCCAGGCGGCAUCAAGCGACCGAAGAAUAGCCGCAAGAUGCAUAUGAGUUUCUUUGUGGUCAAGGGCAGGGUCACAGUUACCGUGGGCCCGUUGGGCGGCGAAGAUACUGGGAGCAUGAACCGAUUCAGCAUCGGCAAGGGAGGAUUCUGGCAAGUUCCACGUGGUAACCAGUAUUCCAUUGAGAAUGAGAUGGACAAGCCAGCACGAAUAUUCUUCAGUCAGGCAUGUGAAUCGGAGCCCACAGAAGCUCAGGAUUGA